UCUAGCUCUUAGUUUCUUUUCUUAAGCAUUUUCUACCAUAGUCAAUGCGUGAUAAGCAUUUUUCUUCUUUCGUUCCAAAUCAUAUCGUACGCGUGGUGUCACCGAUCUAGUCGGUGUUUUCUCCUUUGGAAAACAGUUCUCGUGCGCGUUGCUUCGCUUCAUCUUUUUCCCUGAUAACAAUGACAAUGGCGAUUCGAUUGUUUCUGGAGCUCAAAUUAAGCAUUAUCUCUCGUUGGACGUCAUUUAUGGAUUUCAACUUAACAUAAGCUUUGGCUGUUGAUUUAUGCUUAGUUGGAUUUCAUUUUUUUUAAUGAACAGUGCACUGUACAUGUAGGUUUUAUCAUCUUCCUUGAAGUUACCAGAGUAAAAUGUUCUCCGAUCUCUUAUAUUUUUUCCUUAUCAGAAGAAUUCCUGCUUAGUUGGAAAAUAUGUAGAUUAGACGCAUAUGUGGAAUCAGUGCGUGUGUGCUCAAACAGAAGGGAAAGACAUUUAGACGAGGAAAGGAAUAGUUGAAGGAGGGAGGAAGGAAGGGAAAGAAGAUAAUAGGAAAUCUUCUGUUAAGUAUUCUGAGAAGACGAAAUUCGAAGAACAUAUGAUGCUAUGUCCUCCGAAAGGGAUGAUUUUAGCCUUUCAGGGCCCUUACACCUAACUGUUAUUGAUUGGACAAAUAUAGAUCAUCAAAGGUCAGUAGCAGCUAGCUUGGUUCAGGGUGUCUACACUCUAGAGCGAGACCGCCAGCUAAAACGCGAAGGUUCUCAAGCUCUUGCUCCUCCCUGGUGGGAGUUUUUCCAUUUUCGGUUGCUUCGUCAGCUUGUGGACGAUGUUGAUUUUUGCACAUUCGGUGCAAUUUAUGAAUAUUGCCCUUCGGCAUCUCCUCGUAAUGAUUCAACUGAUCGAAGUCCGCGUUAUGUAGUUGCCUUGCGAGGCACCAUAACCAAGGCAGAUUCCUUCUCGAGGGACUUCGACCUAGAUAUCCAAAUUAUCCGAAAUGGACUCCACCAGACAUCUCGGUUUGAGAUUGCUAUGCAGGCAGUUCGAAACACAGUUGCCUCUGUUGGUGAAUCAAAUGUGUGGUUAGCUGGCCAUUCCUUGGGAGCUGCCAUGGGAAUGCUUGCUGGAAAAACUAUGGCCAAGUCUGGCAUUUAUCUUGAAUCUUUUCUGUUUAAUCCACCAUUUUUAUCUCCCCCGAUAGAAAGAAUCAAGGCUAAGAAAGUAAAACAUGGGAUCCGAAUUGCAGGCAGUGUGAUCACAGCUGGACUUGCUCUUGCUUUGAACGCUAACCAACAAAGGAAUCGCACUGCAGAUCCAUUUCUUUCAGUUGCUGCGUGGGUUCCAUUUUUAUACGUGAAUCCCAAUGAUCAUUUGUGCUCUGAAUAUGUAGGAUACUUUGAACACAGGAAAAAAAUGGAGGAGAUAGGAGUGGGCGCCAUUGAGAAGGUAGCAACCCAACAUUCUCUAGGAGGUCUAGUGAUGAGUGCACUUGGGAAGGAUGCACCGGGCGAGCCAAUACACCUCAUUCCAUCUGCAAAUCUGACCGUGAACUUAACCCCUGUGGAGAAUUUCAAACAAGCCCAUGGAAUCCACCAAUGGUGGAGGGAUGACCAGCAGCUCAAGUCCCAGUUUUACAAGUACCAGUAGUUGUUGGUAAGAAAAUGUUCCAUCAUUGUACAAAUGGAUCUAUUUAUGUCUUCCAACUGCAACUAUGAAAUUGUUGGUUAUGUGUUUCUUGAAAUUAUAUAUAUUUCUACUGUUGUAGCUAUUAGUGCA